AUGUCCGAUCGAGAGUUCAGCUCUGACAUGUUUGGAUUCACCUUAGCAAACGAUGACCUGUCGCUGCCCAAAGAUCAUCACCGAAAUCCUCCCCCUAGCAUGGGCCAGACCUUCUCCAAGGAUGCGCGCGAUUUGCUCAUGGAAUGUUGCGUCGAGUUCAUCACUCUGAUCUCUUCCGAGGCGAACGACAUCAGCGAAAAAGAAGCCAAGAAGACCAUUGCAUGCGAGCAUGUUGAGAAGGCAUUGCGGGAUCUCGGCUUUGCAGACUACAUCCCCGAUGUACUUGCGGUGGCUGAGGAGCACCGAGAGCAGCUAAAGUCACGGGAGAAGAAGCAGAGCAAGAUGGAGCAGAGUGGCCUGUCCGAAGAGGAGCUCCUCCGGCAACAGCAGGAACUCUUCCGGUCUGCCACCGAGAAGUACAACGCAGGUCCGGAAUAA